CGGGGGCACAGGGAACCAGCGGAGGGGGCACUGUGGGGGUCCAAGCGGAGGGGGCUGUGGGGUCCAACAAGCGGAGGCACUGUCGGACCAACCAGCGGGGGGCACAGGGACCAACCAGCGGGGGCACAGGACCAACAAGGAGGGGGCACUGUGCGGACCAACAGCGGGGGGCACAGUGGGGGACCAACCAGCGGGGGCACAGUGGGGACCAACAAGCGGAGGGGGCACUGUGGGGUUCAACCAAAGUGGGGGGCACAGUGGGGACCAACCAGCGGGGGGGCACAGUGGGGUCCAACCAGCGGAGGGGGGCACUGUGGGGGACCAACCAGGGGGGGCACAGGGGACCAACGCAGGGGGGGCACAGGGACCAACCAGCGGGGGCACAGUGGGGACCAACCAGGCGGGGGCACAGGGGACCAACCAGCGGAGGCACUGUGGGGACCAACCAGGGGGGGGCACAGUGGGGGACCAACAGGAGGGGGGGCAUUGGGGGUCCAACCAGCGGGGGGCACAGGGGACCAACCAAGGGGGGCACUGUGGGUCCAACCAGGGGGGCACAGUGGGGACCAACAAGGAGGGGGCACUGUGUCCAACCAAAGGGGGGGCACAGUGGACCAACCGAAGGGGGGACUGUGGGGUUCAACCAGCGGGGGCACUGUAGGGACCAACCAGGAGAAAGCAGGGGGACCAAACAGCGGGGGGCACUGUGGGAUCCAACCAGCGGGGGGCACAGUGGGGACCAACCACGGGGAGCACAGUGGGGACCAACGCAGAAAGUGCAGGUCCAACCAGGCACAGUGGGGUUCAACCAGGGGGCACAGUGGGGACCAACCAGGGGGGCACAGGGGGUCAAACCAACGGGGGCACAGUGGACCAACCAGGGAGGGGCACUGUGGGGGACCAACCAGCGGGGGGGCACAGUACCAACCAGAGGGGACAGUGGGGGACCAACCAGCGGGGGCAGGGGGACCACCAGCGGGGGCAGGGGACCAACCAGGGGGGCACUGGGGCCAACAAAGGGUGGGCAAACCAGGGGGCACUGUGGCCAACCAAAGCGGGGGGCACAGUGGGGGACCAACCAGCGGGGGCACUGGGCGGACCAACCAGCGGGGGGGCACAGGGGCGGACCAACCAGGGGGGGGUGGGGACCAACCAAGGGGGUGGGGACCAACCACGGAGGCACUGGGGGUCCAACAAGCGGAGGGCACUGUGAGUGAUCAACCAUCGGGGGGGGGGGACCAACCAGCGGGGGGCACAGUGGGGACCAACCACGGAGGGGGCACUGUGGGGUCCAACAAGCGGAGGGGCACUGUGGGGUCCAACAAGGAGGGGGCACUGUGGGCACCAACCAGUCAAAGGUGGGGACCAACCAGCGUGGAACUGUGCGGACCAACCAGCACUGUGGCGACCAACCAUGGGGGGCAGUCCAACCGUCAGCGGGGGGGCAAGAUGGGGGACCAACCAGAGGGGAGCACUGUGGGUCCAACAAGCGAGGCACUGUGGCGAACAAAUGGGGGGGCAGUGGGGGGACCAACAAGCGGAGGGGGCACAGUGGGGACCACCAAAGGCAGACCAACAGCGGAGGGGGGGCACAGGGCGGACCAACCAGCGGAGGGGGGCACCAAAUCAACCAGCGGAGGGGGCAUCGGACCAACCAUCGGAACAGUGGGGACCAACCAGCGGGGGGGCAAGUGGGGGUCCAACCAACGAGGGGGCACUGGGGUCCAACAAGCGAGGUUGGUAAGACCAACCACAGAAGGGGGAACUAAGUGA